AUGUUCAAGAACGAAAGCCAUGUCGUGGCGAAGAAGGCAGAGAGGCGCUACGAAGAGCUUGCCAAGUCAAAAGAACCAACAACACCUUGGAGACGUGGAGAGCCGGCUAAAAUUAGAAGCUUGCAGAGGAUGUAUCCGGUGCGGAUACCACCAAGUGCUGAGAUGAUUGUGCAACCUACGCCGAAUAUCGACGCGCGAGCCCAAGGGUACUUCCUUGCCAACUACGCGGGCACUGCCGACUUCCCCCAAGGAGGUCAAUUUGAGUGGAUUCCUCAGCUCCUAUCUCGGACGGAUGUCGAGGGCAGUCUUCGCGAAAGCUUUCGAGCCCUGAGUCUAGCUGUCUUCUCCAAUACAGUAAAAUCUCCUGCCAUCAUGCAGAAAGCACGGAUUGCAUACGUAUCCGCGUUGGAGGAGACCAACAGAGCACUCAUGUCGCACGAAACAGCCAUCAAAGACAGCACCGUGGUCUCCGUAAUCCUACUUGGUAUGUACGAGGGCACGAGAUACACGGACAAGAGCUCUAUAGCCAGAUGGUCCAAGCACGUCAGCGGCGCUUACACGUUGUUCAUGCUCCGAGGAAAGUCCCAAUUCGAUACAGAGCUUGGACGGCAGAUAUUUUUGCAGUCUUAUGGUGUUGCGUUAUUCUUCACGAUGGAGUUGGGAACGAACAUUCCAAGUUAG